AUGUCAAGAUGGUUUCAAUCAAAGCCUAAUGCAGAUAUUGGGUCUAACUCCUCACUUUUAGCAAGCCCAAAUGCUAAAAUUCACAAGCUCAAUUCCCGUAUGGGAUCAAUGCGAUCAUCAUAUUCUACCACAAAGAAGAGCGAAAAUUUAUCGAAAAAGCUUCAGUUAAAAUAAGCUAGGUUAUUAUAAUCCAAAUAUCAAGAUCAACAGAGCUCAGAACUAUUUCUUCGAAAUGUUUAAGAAGAGUAAGCACAGGUGUGACUUACUCUAAUUCCACACACUAUUUUUCUAUCUAACGAGACCAUCAGCGAGUGGUACUUCACCUCGAAAAGUGGUAAAGUUCUGAGGAAAAACCUGGAAAAUUUGAAAAUCAUGGAAGUCUUUAAGGCUCUUCUUAGAGUUCCUGAAUUUACUUAUGCGGUCAACGAGAUCCAAAGUCUUAAGACAAUGCCAUUUACAGAUGAAAGUUAUAUAUUACAACAGAUAGAAAAAGCAGCCCAAGAGAACCCUAAUGACAGUAAUAUAAUAGCGAAGUUAUAUGAAACUUAUGGUAACAGCUCAGAUUGGAAUUCCACCAGGUACAAGUUCCAAACGGAUCAGAGCAUGAACUCAACUUUCUAUAAGUGGAACAAUGAGCCGACUGUGACCUUUACUGUUAACAAAAUUAUCAAAAAUUGUAAAUAAGGCUACCCAUGAUGCAGAGAUUAAUAUUCUAGACAGUACCCUACCACCUAUUGCAUAUGUGAGACUUGAGGUAGGAGAAAGCAGGCUUUUCCGUCCUCAUGAAUUCUAUAAGCUCAUCACUGAAUCCCUUGAUAACAUUAGGGUUAUACAGUCAUUAGUAUGCUACAAAGGGAGCAUCCAGCCUCCAUACUGCUACAGUACCUAUAUUUGUGAGUACAAAUGUAGGGAUUCCACCACAGGAGAUAAAUUCACCUUUUAUAAAGGAAAAGUCAGUCUUCCUCUCGAAAAGAGGCUCAAAAUCGACAGAUUAUCUAUAAAUUCCUCUCUCCUUAAAGAGAAACUCAACAUGAGUGCCAAACAGCUGAGGGAUCAUUUUGAGAAGGCAUACCAGGCAAAAUUGGUGUAUGCCAAGUUCAAGUUCAUCCAUGAUGUCUUUGGCAAGAUAUACUACAUCGGAGCAACUGAAGAGAUAUUUUAUCUGCCAAAUCUGGGUAUUAACAACAUCAAAAUUAAGAAGAUCAUUCGACUGAAAUCUCGACAGAAAAAGGUUAAAACAUGCUUUGGACAAUUCUGAGACUACAGAAAGUACUCUGAAGAGGAGACAUUCCAAUUUGAUUGUAAAUAAUUUCAACAAUCAGCUCGAAGAUGAGUUCUAUGAGAUAUUUGGAGCUUUGAUUAAAUAAAGCUCAUGACCAACCAGUCUUAGUGAAUAAGUUAUUAGAAAGGCAUAAAUUCUUACACAAAGAUGAGGAACCUAGCAGAUUUGCUCCUAGUGCUUCGAGUGAAUACAGUCGGACUGAUACUCUUUAUGAAUCAAGAACAAUGUUGUCCUCUCAAACUCCUUCUGAGAAAAAGUUGCCAACAAUCACCAAGACUUCUCACUUCAAGAGACGAUUCAACUUGAAAAAUUAUCAUAGUUUCUACAGAGUUGUAAAAGUAUGUCGCCACUGAUACCAAGUCUACACAAUGCUAACUGACUAUUUCAACGAGAUUGAGAACUUGCCUAAGAAAGGAGGUAAAAGAGCCAGAAGCCAAGGGGCCAAGCGAUCCUUUGGAGACUUUCAAACCCCAGAGAAAGGCCAGGACACCAAACUCAGCUCCAAAAAGGCUUUCUUAAUCAAGACACUGAGUCAAGCAAAGAAGAGAAGAAAAAGCAUUCUACUCAAUAAACCUCCACUACCUCAUGCUUAUUAAAUACAAUGAGCUAAAUUCCAUUCAAUACACC